UUUCCUUGUGACUUUGUUCUGCGUGUGUCUGGUAGAAGUCUAAACUCUACCGUUACUGAAGCCCACCCACCAGUUCACAUCUUUCUCACACACGUCAUCUCUUUUAUACACCACGUCUCACACACACACACAUACACUGCAAGCUCAUGACAGUGCAGGAAAUUACAGUCCACAUUUCAACGCCUCCUGCCAGCAACUUACAAACUAACAGACGCCCAUUUGACAAUGUCGCUGGCAAAAGCCUUUCUGUGGAUACCACUCGUCCUGUCCCUCUGCCCGAUCCCGACUCAGCCAUGCGACAAAGGAAGCGUCCGCGACUGCGCGGAAGCAGAGUUCGCCCCCGGCUCCAACCUGGCGGGUGAGGGGUUCGACAUCACCAAGAUGCAGAGGAAGGGGGCCUUCGUGAUCAACAUGAAUAAGUGGAGACUAAAGGACAAGUCCUGCACUCUGUGUGCAAACCCCUACAUGGAGGGGAAGAAGCAGAAACUACCCCUGUCCGUGGUGGACUGGCGAGCUAGCGUGAAGUGCAGCGUGAAGGUGUCCAGCUCCGUCUACCAGUCCAGCGAAGCUCUGCUCACUGCCAGCACCAGCGCUAUCGAGAACAACUGGAAUGUGAACUUGGAUAUAGACACCAAAAGGGGUGGGGGGUCACUGAUGUUGGCUGGCACCAAUUCCAAGUUGGCUGAGUAUUCCAUGGACAAAACCAAAAAGGAUAGGUUCAACUUCGUCACUCAUAGCAUUUUCUGUGGAUAUUACAGUUACAGGGUGUCCAGCAAGCCUUUCUUGCACCCCGAGUUUAAGCACGCUGUGGGUCAGCUGCCCAAGGGGUAUGACCCUCAGUUAAAAGCGCGCUUCUACAAGCUCAUUGACAACUUUGGCACUCAUUACAUUACUAAGGUGACUCUGGGGGGGAAGGUGCACUCGGUGACCAGCAUCAAGCAGUGUCAGGCAGCGCUGCAGGGCCUGAGCACGGACGAGGUGAAGACCUGUCUGGCCGUGGAGGCGUCGGCCAGUGUGAUGGGGAAAGGGAGCUUGAAAGCAGAGAGCAAGCACUGUGAGGAAGCCAAGACCAAGAUCGAGAGCAAGGGCAGUUUCUCCAACAGCUUCAAUGACAGGUUAACAGAGAUCUUUGGGGGGCACACUACAGAGCCUGAGCUUCUCUUCUCUGCAGAUAAAGACCCAGGCGCCUACAAGGAUUGGCUCGCCUCGGUGCCACAACACCCAGAUGUGAUCUUUUAUUCACUAGAGCCUCUUCACGAGCUGCUGCCCACCAGCAGCCCGGCACGAAAGCUCCUCCGCAAAGCUCUGCACGACUACAUCCUGGAGAGGGCGCUGUGGAGGAACUGCUCCGAACCCUGCAUGGCGGGCAUCAAACUUAACGCCGGGGAGCCUUGCGUGUGCACCUGCCAGAACAACCCUGGGGUGACCCCAAACUGCUGCCCUUCCAAGCGUGGACUCGCCCAGGUAAAGGUCACUGCAGUCAGGGCGACCGGUUUAUGGGGAGAUUACAUAACAGCCACAGACAGCUACGUGAAGCUGUUCACCAAAAACAACAUUGAAGUUGGACGCACCACAGUGAUCUACAACAACAAUUCGCCCCGCUGGGACAGGGCCUUCGAUCAGGGUGAUGUCAUUCUGACGGAGCAUAGCUCCAUGAGGCUGGAGGUAUGGGACGAAGAUAACAAAUGGGACGAUGACCUGCUGGGAGCCUGCACCAUCGCCAUAGCAGCAGGAAACACGCAGAACUUCUGCACGUUGAACCACGGUCAGCUGUAUUACAAGAUAGAGGUGCAGUGCGGCCCAAGUCUAGCUGGCCGGUCUUGCACAGAGUACGUCGGUUCUCCGAUGAAUAUGAAGCUGGAAAAGAUGUACGUGUCCCGACAUGCCCAUCCUGUUCCAAAGGACAUCCUGUUGGAAAUGGGGGUUAUUGUGGAUGAGCCGCAGUUAACCUUUACUCAGAUAAGAGAUACUGGUAAAACUUUUUUAUAGCUUUGCACAAGCAUGGAUGUCAGUGCUUCUGUGACUGCUUGGCAUGUCAAACCUGCAAAUACAUAUAUAUAUAUAUAUAUAUAUAUAUAUAUAUAUAUAUUUUUUUUUUAUAUUUAUAUAUCAUAAAUACAACAUUACCUUCUUUAUUUCAAAGACAAAAGAAACGUGUUUUUUGUAAAAGUACCCAACUGUUGCAUCUUUAUAUUUUCAGAUUUUUAGUAUAAUUAGACAUAAUAAUUGAAACAACAUGCUCAAUAUGUGUGACCCUGGCUGACCAGUAUAAGGUGAUAUACACCUGGAGUGUGUUGAUAAACCAACCUGAAUAAGGUAACAUAUUACACCUGAAGUAUUUAUUGAUAAAACAUUUGUGUUGUAUUUUUGGUUUCAUUUUUCUUGACUGGUAAACUGUUUAAAGUAGUGGCUAUAAUACAGUGCAGAUAUCAAGUUUUAAAACUUGAAAAAUAGAAUUCCUAUGUAAAAUGUUAUUAUUGUGCCUUUAAUGUUUAAUGUAACAAAUGUAAUUGAAUUGCUUCGCAGUGUAGUUAUUCCAUAUAAAGUGUGAGUGAGCAUGUCA